GGCGGUGCAGUGACGCGCGGCGAUUGGGUGAGCGCGGAGCUAAAGUGUAAUGUACAGUAAAUAGACGAGACACCGAUAACAACAACAACAGCUGCGGCCGCAUGAGGCUAACUAAAAACACACUCGCACUUUUCGGGCUCGCACUAUAAAGACUUCGGAUGUCACAAUGGCUGCAAACUUCACUAUUUCAGACAGCGAGUCAGAGACGUCGGAGGAGGUAGAGGAAGUAGAGAAGAACCAAUCAUCAACAGGAGAAGAGCAGCAGGCUCCUGAACGCCACACCCUCACCCUUCCUAAGCUCAGAACGCCAGCAACCGGUCGAAUCAGGCUGAACUCAGAGUCCCACGCUUCCACUGUGUACAGAGACGAUGAGAUCCAGGCCAGGGGGGAAGAGGAAGCUGGCACGCCCACUGAUGGAGCUCCAUUCCGUGGACGAUCUAAGUCAGCUCCCCCUGCCCUGUGGGCGGCCAAGAAAUACGGCCAGCAGCUCCGAAGGAUGAGUGACGAGUUUGACAGCCUGCUCGACAAAGGGGAGAUGAGGAGGGUGAAGAGCGCUGGGACGGCCAGACAGAUGCACCACUCUAAAAGCUGGUGGAGCUACCUCUUUAGUCACCAGGAGACCGAAGGAGAAAACAACCACCAUGAAAACCACUCUCAACGCACUGAGUAGGCACUGAGAGUGGAAAGAG